GACUUGCUUACUAGUUAACUGUGUGAUUACGGUUUUGUACCGCUUUAUUUUUUUCUGUCAGCAUCAUUAGAGAGGAAAUUCGUUUUACACGAAAAGCAGAACUGUGUGCUGGGAAAAGGAACUCCUUGUUAUCUGUGGUCAUUAGGUUCUGUUUACUCUUCUGUACAGAGUGGCACAUGUCUCUGUCAAUAAGCCUCCCAGAGGUUAUUGGCUUUUGGAGAUGUCGUCAUGAAGGUUGGUUGCAGAGUAGUUGUGGUCAAAGGUAGUUGGAAUGAAACAAGGUACAUAGAGGAAGAUAUUCUUUUAGAAAAAAUAACAGUCCGAACACUCAGGAAAACUGUUCAGUAGUCCACUGGUCUGAAAAAUAAGGAGAAUGGAAUGGAUCGGGAUGCCUGCAAACAAGACAUGUGAAAGUGAGGUGUCCAUGGAGCUCUUUCUGCACUGCUCCCUUGUCCCUGCUGUUUUCAUCAUAGCUGUCCUGUCUUUUCUGCAGAGGAGGGGCAAGAAAAUGGCGAUCGAUGAGAAAAUCCCUGUUCUCCGCGGGCACUUUGGCCUAGUCGUGCCUUUAGACUUCAUUGGGAGCCUCAGUAACAGAUGGUCCUAUGGCUUUGCUUUUGGAGCUGUAUCUUCUAGUGUCCUGUUACUAUUCUCUGAGAGAUAUAUACCAUUUACUGUUCCAUCAUGGGCUAGAGCUUUAGUGUAUUUGGCAGGAGCUCUUGAGGUAGGCCUGGCCUACUUCCCUUUCUUUGCCUGCCUGUCGACAGACUUCAAGAUUGUCGGAGGAGUGCUGGGGAUCCUGUAUACUCUUAUUUGGUUUAUCAUUACUCUCUGGGAUAUCGUGACAUGUCCUAGUGGUCAGAUUCUUGGCAAAUACCAGAAAAUUAUCUGCCUGUGGCCGUGCAUCCUCUGCCUGUUUGUUCUGCUGGCCCGAUAUAUCCACAUGCUGGUCAAGGCUGUCCAGGCCCACCUGAAUCUGGACGUGGAUGAGGACCAGGAGCGGCUGUUGCAGACCCACCAAGCCCAGUAUGUGAAGCGACUGCUGAGGGCUCCUCCUGAACGAGAGGUGGAGAAGAGCUGGUUUCAGAGGAAGAUAUAUGACUGGGACCCUUAUUUCAAGUUCCCCAACAGACUGAUCGGCACAACCAUCAUUUCCCUCAUUGACUUGUAUAUUCUCUCGCUGGCAGACUACAGUUUGAGCAGCUAUGCCUUCAACAGGCUUGAUGGGCUGAAAGACUCCCUGGAGGAUCUGGCUUCAUCCCUCAAUAUGACUGACAACAUCAUUGCAAAAUCUAUCCCACACAUUGAAGAAUUAAUCCGCGUUGCCAGAGGUGCCUGGUUGGUCACAACCAUUUUUGCCAUGCUGACCUCUGUGACUUACAUCUUUCAUGUGUUAGCAUGUUACAGGAAACAUUUAAAAAGGCUGUGGGCUGGACAGAAAGGGUUUCUACCACAGAAAUUUCACAGGCCCAGUUCUGCUGUCAGCAUGGCUGCUAUUACAAGGUAUUCAGGAUGGCAAAUAGCUUUUACAUUAUGGGGUUACUUGAUCAUUCAUUUUGUCCAGUUCCUGUUAGGACUGCUGAUUGCAUAUGCAUUGGUACUACCAAUCGUGCACGGCAAUGGACUAGAACUGCUCAAACACCUGGCCAUCAUAAUCUUGACCUUAGCUCUGGUUGCAGGACUUGUGAUCCUUCAGAUUUUUCUUGUCCACAUCUUCUUCCUUCAAGACAAGAUUUUGCAAACGGAUAAGCAGAAGCCAUUAGCUCUAAAUAACAGAAAAGCUUUUCACAUCUUCAACUAUUUCUUCUUCUUCUACAAUGUGAUCAUGGGUCUGGGUAACUGCAUCCUGAGGCUGAUCUUCAGCUUCACGGUGGGAAUGUGUCUUGUGCCAAGAAUCGACCGCACCAUCCUGCAGCGGGGGUACGAGACUCUGGACCCAGGGUAUCACACUUGGAUUGGUAUGAUAUUUGCUGACCACUAUCACAGCAAUCCUGUCAUGAUUUGUUUCUGUCAUCUACUGCUGGCUGCAAAUCUUGAGAAUCAAAGAAGAAGGAUUUCAAUUUUGUCAUCAUUUGAUAACAUAUCUUCAGAGCCAGCAGAGAACUGCAGAGCUCGUGUGAGAUGGAAGCUGAUCUACACCCUGUUGAAGAACCCCAAGCUGAUACUUCUGCGAAAGCGCAGGACAUCCUGGAGCAGCUCAAGGUCUGACCAAGCCAGACCGGAUACUAUGACAGUACCUUAUGUACUGGCCUCACAGUACAGGAACCCAGUGGAAUCAGACAUACCCAGCACACUGCUGGGACAUCAUGUCAGCAUGUUACUGUCAACAGAGAGCCCCCCAGAAUCUAGCAGUUCAACAGGUUGAGGGCCAUUAUCCUGUGCUAUUCGAUGAUCACUGUGCUCCAUGAACACACACACGGCCCACAUGCCCUAAUGACCACUCAGUAGCUAACUACCUGCGGUACAGGAAUGUCUGUCAGGCUUUUAGAAAAAGCCAGGAGGAUGUUCUUUAUAAUCCAAAAAUGGAUUAAGUUAUUUCAAGAUUUUGCCAGUCCUGUGUACCCUGUUAUUUUUUUGUGAUGCUUGUUUAACAGAAAAGCGGGAAAUUUUUGGGGAAGUUUCUGAACUUGUACACUUGGAACCUUCAGGACAUGAUGCACAAGUAUUAUACUGUAUACUGUGUGCAAUCUACGGUUUAAUACGAAUUUGAACUGUUAAAGAUACAUAUGUUUAGGGUAUUCCAUUCAAGGUUAAUUUAGUGAUUAUUGCUGCUACUAAACUUAUUAUCCACCAUUAUGAGGCUGUUGAAUUUUAAAAAUAAGGUUUUAACAGUGCUACUAUUUGUUUUACUGUAUAUAAUGUAUUGUAAUAUAUAUAUAUAAAGAGGAAACACAUAUUCCAUGUAGAUUUGUCUCUAUGGUGGAUUGGUAGGUUUUGAUAGCUCAAGGACUUUGAUGUCAAUCCUUCAUUUUAUUCUGCUAAUUUACUCUACCUUUUUAACCGAAUCAAUAGUCUUUUCAUUUGCUUCAGACAGAUUUCUAUUUCCUGUUUAACUCUGCACUCAAAAAAUUGAGUUUUCAGAUUUUAGAAGUUAGGAAGAACUGGUCCUUGCCCGGACUAGGAUGGGGAAUACCUAAGAUAAAUCCGGUUGUGGUUGCAAGUGGUGCUGGUAGACCAGUAGGUGGCGUUCUUCCUUCUGGACCAGUAUUUCCAAACCAUGUAGUGACAGGGGAACCUGUGCUAUAACAAGUUCUGUCCUUCACAUGACUUGGUCAUGAAGCACUUAGAAAAUGGAUGGAAUCUACCUCUAAAACUUUUGCCUUGGCCCCUGACUACAUCAGUGAGGUGUUAUCUCUCUAUGAAUCUUAAUACUGUGUGAGUUAUGCAGCCUCAGGUCCCAGUACAAGGCUUCAAGCACUGGGAGAGCAUAUUUUCUGAUCUGUUGACCAAGGUUAUGGAAUGGUCAUCCAUAUCAGGUCUUCCAAGACUACAAUUUCAAAUUCUGUCUUAAGGCUCACUUUUAUACUUUUAUAUGUGUCUUUUAAUUUUGAUUUGCUGCUUUAAAUUCGCUGUGUAAAUGUAUAUCUUAUGUUUUUUAUUUGUUUUAUUCUAAUGGACAUUAAGUUGCCAUGCCUUAAAAGUACUGUCUAGUAUAAUAAAGAUUAUCAUUAA